AUGAGCGCGACUCCUCGAUUGCGGUCUGGCUACCCCUCGACCCCCGGUACGGCCGCUCCGCGACGCAACAUUCAAGAAACGCCCAGCUCCAUUGGCUCCAUAUCCUCCAACGCGAGCUUCAAUAAGUCAGCUACGCUGCCUCUUGCUCCUGAGCAGGCCGUCAGACAGAAUCAGGCCGGCCAGCCCCUCGUACCCCUAACGCUGCUCGACGCUCCCCAGCAGCGUUUCUAUGCCUUUGCCAUCUACGUCCUGCUAUGGGCUUGGAAGCUGUACGACUGGCUCCAGGUCGUUGAAGAUGGCGACAGCUCCUGGUGGCUGUUUUUCAAAUGGAUCUUUAUCGACUUUGCCUUCUUGUUCGGACUACCAGAGCUUCGUAUACCAUGGCUAGAGCUCUCGCAGCUUCUCGUUACCAGCGUUUUCACGUCGCACUUAGUUAUCAACUACAUGUUGAUGUUUAACAUCCCCCUUCCGUGGCAAUCAUUCUUCCUCGGUCUCGCCAAAGUUCUCUACGACCGCGAAUUGUCCGUUUCCGAGCAAAAUGUCAAAGUUUCCAACAUCCUCAAUAAUCAUUCUUUGAUUAUGGGCAGGCAGAUUAUCAACAUCCUUCCCGAAGGCUCUGCAGUCCUCAACCCCGAACAGAAGCCGUAUUGCAUCGCACCCAAAUCCAAGUCUGGUGUUGUGCUGCCCAUCUAUUUCAACUCCACUGUCCCGGCUGAAAUUGAGCUCAUUCGAAUCGACUUCGACACGAAUAAGGAAGAGAUAAUUAAAGUUUCGAAACGCGAUGUCGGCAAAGUGGCCAAGCAAAUUCAAGAGCAAAGCGCUGAACCUAACACGGUGGGUUUUCAAUGGGAUUACAACGUUAGGCGGCCCGGCGUGUAUCGGUUGGGCAAAGUGCUGGACAACUACCAGCUCGAGAUUCAGCGCGGCGUCAAAGAUACUUAUGUCGUGCCCUGUCCGCAGGCCAAAAUCAUGACUGCCGAUUCUUCCCAGCGCUGCAUCCGUGACUUGUCCGACCUGUCUCUCGAAGUCGUCGGCACACCUCCUCUGAAGAUUGUCUACAGCCGAACAAUCAACGGCAAGAACCAUGGGUUCCAUUUCCAGAGUCUGCAGCCAGAUGGCUUCAGCUCGCCACUUCUGGGCUCUGCUGCCGACGUUCUUCCCGAUGGGGGAGAAGACAUCUCUUGGGUCCGUCCUGCUCGCGUCACUGUCAGUUUGAACGAGUCCAUGGCCACCUCCGGCGAGUGGGAAUAUUCUGUUGAUGAAGUCCACGAUGCGUUUGGUAACAGCGUCAAGUACGCUGAAAGUGUUGAUGACCUUGACCAAUCUGGUACCCGUGGCCUCGUCCAGAAAUUUGCUGUCAAGGAACGGCCCAAGGUUAAGAUGCAAGGAUGUGAUCUUCGAAAUGCUCUGAAAGCCGCCAAAGGCAAACCUACCAAACUUCCAGUUGCGUUCCAAGUGACUGGGGGCACCCCAGAUACGGCCUACAAAGUGGAGUGGAAAUUUUCUCCCAUCGAUACUCUUACCAAUAACGGUGAUCACGGAGACAAGGUUACUCUUGGCAGCCAUUCGGCUAAAGACUCGAGCGACAAGCCAAGCGUGUCUGCAUCAGGUCUGUACACACUGACCACUAUUUCCAGUGGCUCAUGUGAAGGCGAGGUUGACGAACCAUCUUCUUGUCUACUUCUUAAUCCUCUCGAGCCACAACUCUCUGUUCGUGCUGAAGAGAUCCCUGACAAGUGCGCUGGCAACUCUAUCGGACUACGGGUCAACCUGGAUCUCGUUGGCACACCACCUUUCAUUGUUCGCUAUGAGAUCAUUGGAAGUGACCAGCAUGUCGAAACACGGACACACAAGGUCAACGGCUUACGUUCCCAGCUGGAGCUUAUUCCCGAGGAGGCUAGCCGCCAGAAAUAUGUCUUCAAGUCGAUCGACGAUGGUGUAUAUCGAAACAUCCCCCUUACUGGCCAGGAUAAAGUGCUUGAGCAGGAGGUCAAACCUGCCGCCAAUGCUGUCAUUGCGCACGCUUCCAAGAACUUCAACACUUGUCUAGAUUCGAGCGUUGAUCUUAACAUUGUCCUUGCAGGUGAACCGCCCUUCAACCUCGAAUGGGAAAUCGUUCACGAUGGCAAGCGCAAAACAGAGCGCGUCAACGACCUCAAUUCCAAGACAUAUACCAUCAAGACACCUACCUUCACUAAGGGUGGAGAGUACAUUCUUGCACUGAGCAGCGUCAAAGAUCUGCGAGGCUGCCGAACCUUUCUGCAAGACCAAGUUAAGAUUGCUGUGCGCCGCCAGCGACCGCGCGGCGCUUUUGGCUUGAUUGAGCAGAAGCAGAGCAUUAUGGCUGUUGAGGAUACACCCUUGCGUCUUCCUCUCCGACUUCAAGGAGACGCCCCGUGGACUGUUUCCUACAGGAACCUCAAUGACUCUGCAGGAACAAUUUCCAAAACAAUCGAUAGCCCCAAUGGAUUCCUGGUGGUAAAGUCUCGGGGUGUGUACGAGCUUUUGAACAUCCAAGAUAACAGCUGUCCCGGUACUGUUGAGUCCGCUGGUUCGACCUUCCACGUUGACUGGUAUCCUCGACCCGAGAUUUCAAUGAUUGAAACGGAUAGUGUUAGCAUGGUAGGCGGUGUAUUUGUGAAGCAAGAGGUUUGCGAAGGAGACAUAGAUGGCUUCGAAGUCAACCUACGAGGCUCACCACCGUACCACGUCGAAUACGAGGUCCAGCAGCGCUCCCCUCAAGGCUCUAAAGCGAUUAGCCGAAGAGAGUUUGACGCCGCCUUGUCCAAAGCAGCCAUCUCCAUGGACAGCAGCAAGGCGGGCGAAUAUACCUACAAAUUCCAUGGCCUCGCUGACAACCUCUAUGAUGCCAAUUCAAAGUCCAAGGGGCUCACUGUGCAGCAACGUGUCAACGCCAAGCCCGCUGCCACAUUCACCAAGCCUGGACAAAGCUUCAAAUUCUGCAUGGAGGAGCAGGAGCAGGAGGACACGAUUCCAAUCACGCUCACUGGCGUCGCGCCGUUCUUUGUGGAGAUGGAAAUCAAGCAUCAAGGGGGCGCACCCACAGAGACGUACCACGUACCGUCCAUCAACUCCAACUCGUACGCAAUGCAGAUUCCUAGAAAACAUCUGCGCUUGGGAUCGCAGCAGCUCCGCAUCCGGCGCGUCCGCGAUGCCCGAGGCUGCCAGCAAAAGUACGAGGUAGGCGGACCUUCGAUCCAGAUUCAGCUCUACGACGCGCCCUCCAUCUACCCGCUCGAGUCGCGCCAAGACUACUGCGUCGGCGAGCGCAUCGCCUACACGCUGUCCGGCACGCCGCCGUUUGACAUUCACUACGAUUUCAACGGCAAGUGGAACGCCCGAUCGCAGACGACGAGCUUCCGACGCGUCGCAGAGAAGCCCGGCGACUUCAUCAUUACCAGCAUCUCCGAUAAAGCCAGCGAGUGCCGCGCGGCGAUGCACCUUCCCAAGACGAUCCACCCGCUGCCGAGCGUGCAAAUUAGUCGCGGCAAGCUCUCGCGGGUCGACAUUCACGAGGGCGGCGAGGUGGACAUUUUGUUUGAGUUCUGGGGCACCCCGCCGUUUGAGUUUACGUUUACGCGCAGCACAAAUGCGAAAAAGGGUCACCGGAGCGUCAUCAUAGAAACGCGCCAUGACAUCUCGUACGAGCACUCCAAAGUUGUCAAGGCCUCGCAGGAGGGCACGUACGAGGUCGUCGCCAUCAAGGACAAGUUCUGCUCGUACUCGACACAGCAGACGGACAAGCGCGACAAAAAAUAG